CAAAUGUCAUCGAGCCGAACCGUUUAAGAAUAUUAGCAAAAAAGCGAGACAUCAAGAAGUGCGAGUUUCGUAUGGUUCCGCAGCACAGAUCGUCGUGAGCCAGCAACUUUUUUUUGUACUCUUCCGGAGACGAAAAAUUCCCUAAUUGUACCCCGCUUUGGAACCGUGUGCCGCGUGAACGUGUUAUCUUGGGCCCGCGACGAGUGAAGAACACACCGAAAAGAUGCCUUCCAGCAAUCCUUUGCCCCCCAAAGAGAAUGCUCUGUUCCGCAAGAUUCUGAAAUGUUACGAAAUGAAACAAUACAAAAAUGGACUGAAACUUGCGAAGCAGAUCCUGACUAACCCAAAGUUUACCGAACAUGGCGAAACGCUCGCGAUGAAGGGUCUCACCCUGAACUGCUUGGGGCGCAAGGAGGAAGCGUACGAUUACGUGAGACGUGGACUGCGCAAUGAUCUCAAGUCGCAUGUCUGUUGGCACGUUUACGGGCUGCUGCAGCGGUCGGACAAAAAGUAUGAGGAAGCAAUCAAGUGCUACCGGAACGCGCUCAAGUGGGAAAAGGACAACAUCCAGAUCUUGCGAGAUUUGUCGCUGCUGCAGAUACAGAUGCGGGACCUGGAAGGCUACCGAGAAACUCGCCACCAGCUGUUCAAGUUGCGCCCAUCGCAGCACGCCUCGUGGAUUGGUUUUGCGAUGAGCUAUCAUCUGCUCGGUGACUAUGAGACGGCCAACAACAUUUUGGACACCUUCCGGUCCUCGCAGACGAUGGAAACCUACGACUACAAGCACAGUGAGUUGCUGCUGUACCAGAAUCAAGUGAUUCAGGAAUCCGGUAACUAUGACAAGGCACUGCAACAUCUGAAAAAGUAUCAAAUGCAAAUACUUGACACGCUCUCCGUCAAAGAGGUAAUGGGUGAACUGUGCCUUAAAUUGGAUCGGCACGAGGAUGCCGUUUUGAUUUACCAGGAUCUAAUCAAACGCAAUCCGGAGAAUAGCGCCUAUUACCAGCGUUAUCUGGAAGCGAUGCAAAUAACCGGGGUAAGCGAAACGCUCGAAGCCUACAAGAAGAUCCAGAGCGAUUAUCCGCAGUCCUACUGUGCGAAGCGGCUACCAUUGGACGUAUGCGAAGGGGACACUUUCCGUGCGCUUGUCGACGAACACUUGCGUCGUAAUCUGCGGAAAGGUGUACCUCCCUUGUUCGUAAACCUGCGCUCAUUGUAUGGAGACGAGAACAAGGUGCGCAUUAUCACCGAUCUGGUUGAAGGAUAUCAUCAAAAUCUGACCAGCAGUGGUUACUUUUCGGCAGCGGACAAGGAGAAAAACUUACCCAAAGAGCCCGCGUCCGCUCUGCUGUGGACUCUCUUCUAUCUAGCCCAACAUUAUGACCACCUGCGGGAGUCGGAAAAGGCGCUGGAUUUCAUCAACGCUGCAAUCGAACACACCCCAACAUUGAUCGAGCUUUUCGUCACCAAAGGCCGCAUCUACAAACAUGCUGGCGAUGUUUUGGAAGCGGUCAAAUGGAUGGAUGAAGCCCAGAGCUUAGACACUGCAGAUCGCUACAUUAAUUCGAAAUGCGCCAAGUAUAUGCUACGUGCCAACCAGAUCAAGGAAGCGGAGGAGAUCUGUGCGAAAUUCACCCGCGAGGGCGUCUCGGCCAUGGAAAAUCUCAACGAGAUGCAGUGCAUGUGGUUCCAGACGGAGUGCGCUCUUUCCUACCAGCGGUUGGAAAAGUGGGGCGAGGCACUGAAAAAGUGCCACGAGGUUGAUCGACAUUAUGCUGAAAUAAUCGAGGACCAGUUUGAUUUCCAUACGUACUGUAUGCGCAAAAUGACCCUUCGUUCGUAUCUGGCAUUGCUUCGUUUAGAAGACGUAUUACGGAGUCAUCCGUUUUACUUCAAGGCUGCAAAAUGUGCGAUAGAGGUGUAUCUGCGUUUAUUCGACAAACCACUGGCUCCGGAAUCCGCCGAAGAGGAACUUGAUACUGAAAACCUACCACCAUCCGAACUCAAGAAGCUGCGCAAUAAACUCCGCAAAGCGGCGAAAAAGAAGGCCGAGCAGGAGAACGCCCAAGCGGCACAGACGAACCAGAAGAAGGAACAGCACAGCAAGCAACGUAACGCGAACCAGGAUGGCGAUCCGGAAGCGCCCCAGCUCGAUGAGCUAAUACCGGACAAGCUGGCGCGCCCGGAAGAUCCGCUGGAGAAGGCAAUCGAAUUUUUGCGACCGUUGCAGAUGCUUGUCAAGGAGAACAUCGAUACGCAUCUGAUGGCGUUCGAGAUUUAUUCGCGCCGAGGCAAACUGCUGCUGAUGCUGCAAUCGUUGAAGCGAGCUCGCGCCAUCGAUGCCAACCAUCCCACCCUGCACAACUGUAUCAUUCGGUUCAACAAAAUCCUCGAGAGUCAGAUCGCGGCCAACGAAGUGGACGAGAACGUGAAACUGGUGAUCGAUCGGGAGCGUGUGCAACUUUUCCGGGAGGCCAGCUCGGCCACCGAACUCAACGACAACUAUCUCGCGGCGAAUCGAGACAACGUGGAUGCGCUGUACGAAGCGGCCAAGAUAAUGUACCAACUGGACAGCGGAAGACGGGACGAGGCGGUCAGUCUGCUCACGACGGUUGAUCUGAAAAAUGUUUCUCUGGAGAAAGCGACGAAAGUGUUCCUGCUGCUGAAAUCGGGACUGCUCAGUGGAGGGACCGCCGAGGAGCAGCUGGAUGCGUUCAAGAAGCGCUGCCAAAAGCGAUUCCCACUAGCAAUCAUCUUCGCCGACGUUGCGGCCACCGUAGCUACCGUCACUACCACCCAGUCGUCUUCGCCGGCCUCAUCCGCAACCACGACAACGACGGCCACCGAAACGACCAUGUGCCCCAUGGAGCAGCCGUCGAAGAUAUCGCAACCUCCGCAGAACAACGGUAGCGAGAUAGUGGCCAACUAGCCAGUCUUCGGGUCGACAAAAACGAUAGAAUAGGCGCGUUUCUCUUGUUUUUAUUUAGUUCAAAGGCAAUGGAACACUAGUGUAAAAUGUCAGUUUUUAAGCAACUAUGAACGCUAUUUUAGCCCCGCUCUCGAGUAGAGUUCUAACAAAUUGAUCAAACAAGUCAGGAACGAAGCGAGCCCCAACAUAAGUUGAACUGUACAGAUACUGUUAAAUAACGCAAGCACAGUUGCAUACCGGGCCACAGCAGAUGGAUUCGUUUCGAACGUGCGAAAAAUUUCUCACAAAUUUCAAGUUAUCAUUACUGGUUGGGUGUGCAUUUUUCCAGGAAGGAAGAAAACCCUCAGCGAAAUCUACAAUUGCGUGUCACAGUUUUUAUUGCCUCCCAUGUGCAUGUGUUCAUUAUUGGAAUCAUUCUUACAUUAUUAGAUCAAACAUUUUCUUGUAAUAUACGAGUUAUAAAGCAAAGUAUGCUUUACACAACUCCCUAGACUGCUGUAUCGUUAUGUUCUGCUUAAAACCAAUUUCUAACGUAGAAGUACGAGAGACCGCGUAGAACCGUAUCCAAUCCUACGAAUUGUUGAUAAUCGACUCGAGUAAGAGUUAUCAAAACCCUAACGUAACCGGCGGACGGGAGUAGCAAUAGCCGCACACCCGACGGAAGAAUAAAUAACAAAAAAAAAAAAGUAUAGCAACAACAUUGGAAGAUAUCUUCCUCAAUAAAUUGUGAAAUUAACAACCAA